AUGUCUGAACUGCCGUUAACGGUAACUCGAAGACGUUUUGCGGGUAAUUCAGGUCGACUGCUGGAGGAAGCUGAUAGUCAGGAAAGUAAUAAGAAACUUUUGAAUUACUCCACGAACGCAUUCUCGACACUCUCCAAUUUUUCGCAGUCACUUUGGACAUCUGCUCAGCACACUUUCUAUCCAGUUUCCUCCGCACCAGAUCUUAGAAAUUUUGCCGUCGAAAGCAACUCCUACGACAAUACCGCUUCUGCACCGUUGUAUUUGUGUAACCAAGAAAUGCCUUACCGGGAUAGGACUGCAGAAUUUCGCACUGCUGCAAAAUCGUACCAGAUGAAGGUACAAGGAAAUGGAUUUGUGGCUAGAGACCAGCAUAAUGGUCUGUUACAGCAGUCGGUGCAGUUCAACCAGCUAGCAAAGCGCGUUGGAAGGGAUUUAAGUCAGACUUGUGCGAAAAUGGAAAAAUUAACGGAACUGGCAAAGAAGCGUUCGCUUUUUGAUGAUCGUUUGGUGGAAAUGGAGGAGCUUUCUCAAAUCAUUAAGCAGGAUAUUACUGGCCUCAACAAACAGAUAGCUUUUUUACAAGAGCAUUCGAAAGGACGUGUUUCGAAUUCUAAAGCAGACCAAGGUCGUGGCCAUUCUCAGCUUGUUGUAGUGGGUCUUCAGUCAAGACUUGCGUCUGUAAGCAAGGAUUUUCAAAAUGUUCUGGAAUUACGUACUGAAAACCUCAAACAACAAAAGUCGCGCCGUGAAAAGUUUGGUCAUUCACAGCCAGUACCGUCUUCGCUACCUCCAUCAUUAAGCGCUGGAAACAUGGGAUCGAUUUUGCUACAAGAAGAAAUAUCCGCUUCGUCAUCUGUUGCUGUUGAUAUUGACAAUAUUGAAAGAGGCAAUAUGACACUUGAGCGUGAUUCGUAUGUUCAAGCUAGAUCGAGCACGAUGGAAAAUAUUGAAAGCAGCAUUUCAGAACUGGGGCAAAUUUUCCGCCAGCUAGCCUUUCUGGUUUCUGAACAGGGAGAGAUGAUAACACGGAUUGACUCAAACGUUGAAGAAACAUCGUUAAAUGUUGAGGCAGCUCAUACAGAGCUUGUAAAGUAUUUUCACUCUAUAUCACAAAAUCGCUGGCUAAUGAUUAAAGUUUUUGGCGUCCUUAUCCUUUUCUUCAUUAUCUUUGUUUUGUUUCUGACUUAG